GUUCCGCGUCCAAUCCUACCCUCGCCUCGUCCCACUCCCACUCCCAUUCUAGCCGCCAAACAAACCCUAGCCCCCUUGCCCAAUGCCCCCCGAUCCCCACAGCCGCUGCACGGCCCCGCUCCUCCUUCCCUCCCGCCACAGCCUCUCCUUGCUCGUAGCCGCCUCCUUCCCACCUCCGCCCGAGCUCCGCCUUCCUCACCCGCCUCCUCCUCCUUGCCAUCGGCGGAAGCGCUGAGCAUAGGGGCAGCGGCUGGACGCGAUGAGCUUGCCUCCGGCGGCGCUAGGAACCUGCACACAAAGGGCGACCCCAUGGAUCCGUCCCUGCAGGAGAGAGCUGAUGGAGGGAGGAUUGAAGGACAGGGGGAGGUAGGCGUGCUGGGGCGGGGUGGUCUCGCCUGCGAUCCUCGCCCGCCUCCUCCUCCUUGCCAUCGGCGGAAGCGCUGAGCAUAGGGGCAGCGGCUGGACGCGAUGAGCUUGCCUCCGGCGGCGCUAGGAACCUGCACGCAAAGGGCGACCUCAUGGAUCCAUCCCUGCAGGAGAGAGAAGAUGGAGGGAGGAUUGAAGGAUAGGGGGAGGUAGGCGUGCUGGGGCGGGGUGGUCUCGCCUGCGAUGACAGGGCUGACCGGCCGGAGUUGGAUCGAGAUCCCAUCUGGCACGGCUCGGCUCCAACUCCCUCUUCCAGCUCUCCGCUCCCCGACACUCAAAUCUGGCUCUUCUACCCAUAUCCGUAGCUAUGGAAAGAAAGCUUGUAGUGGAGUGGCUUCCUUUGUAUGAUCUUGGAAGAUGAUGACCUCUGAAGCCCAUUAGAAAUCAUGGCAACGGCUAAAGGUUAGCGCAUUUCGAGAAGCCAACAGAUCGCCGCCUACUUCCUUAGGCUGACAAUCACCUGCAGGAUAAAGUGCGAUGUUUUGCCCGAGGGGUUGGAGCAGGACCGCAUGAUGAGACAAGAUCAAGGACUGGGCCAACGCGGUCGUCACGCAUGAACUAGUGUAGCCCAUUGGCACUGGUAAAGUAGUAUCGGCGGCUCAGGGACAUGAAGUUUCUCAAAACUAACAAAUGCUGCUCUAUGAUAAAUUAGGAGGCUGAAGAUGAUGCAAUCUGGAUUUGCCGCCACCGCCUCGAGUCGCUUCCGCCUGUAAAUCCAGUCGCCACCAUGGUAAUUUCUUUUCAGUCCCAACUCUCGUCCUGUCCCCCGCAUUUGCUUGCUACGAGUUAUUUCUGUGUGUGUGCUUGUUGGCUUAGUGACGUGUGUGUUCAGGCAUGCGUUGUCUUUGCCUGCCAGGGUGUUGGCUCUGCUACUUGGCCGGUUACAGCGAGUAGGAAGCUGAUAGGAUGGUAUUUCUCCUUCGUCAGCCAAGGAGUUCACACAUCUCUCGGUUCUCUAGGCAUGUCACCAUGGACAAGCAGAGUGGGAGGACACUCUUCUACUGGUUCUUGGAGGCUCAGGCACAACGUCUCCUUCUCUAGCUCAAUUGGGAUUUCUUACUUACCUCAUUCUCUUGUUUUUCAUUUUUUUUACUUAGUCACUUAUUUCUGGAAAGAUUUUGUAGCUAUUAUCUUGAGCUGCUUGUAGUUCAAUAAUGUUUCGGUUGCUACUUGGGGUGCAUACCUGAGAAUACACAUUAUUUUUCAGUUCAAUGCACAAUAGAUAACUUUUGGUUGUCGCCAUUAGGACACAAAAGUACUAGAUUUUGAAGUUUUUAAUAGCUCAAAUAUGCCAACUGCAGAGCAACAUGGCAGUUACAAUGGUUCCAUGUCCUAAUUAGUUCUUUUAUUUCGUUUUGCAGGCGUAUUAUGUUGGAGGUUGUUUCUUAUUUUUACUAUAGAUCAAGUUUCUUUGUUUCCUUUCUAGCUACCUCUGCUGCAUUUGUUUUAUAUAUCCUAUAUGCUUUAAAUAUCCUAUAUGCUAUCAUGAUCCUUGCUUCAGUCAUCAUGUUGAUUUUCCAAAUUUGGUCUGGUUUUUUUUGGCCCUUGUGCGCUUUGAUCGAUGUGCUCUGGCUUUGUGACUCUGAUGAUGCACAUGCAAUGGCGGCAUGGGUGGAACGAGAGGAAGGAUGGGAAUCAGCUACUUGCAUUCACACGGAGGAGGCAACGUCGACUCGAUGGCACAGCAGAGGAGGCUGGGCUCGUUGUGGAUCUUCUUGAGGCAGCAGGACGUCGGCAAGAGCAUCACUGCUGGCAACGGCUCGAGUGACCUCUUGAGGAUCUUCUCCAUGAGCACCUGGGACGACACCAACUCCAACAUCAUGUUCUCAGCGCCCGACAGCAAGAAGGCCGAGGUGCUCAGUGACAGUGAUGUCAGCAUGGUCACCAACUUCAGCAACAUCGACUCCCAGAUUCAGUUAGCCCUCUCGAGUUGGACAUGCCCAGGAUGGACGACUACCUGCAACUGCAGCAGGACUCCGUCGACUACAGAGUCCAUGCCAAGCGUGGCUGCACCACUGACCCGCAGAGCAUCGCUUGGGAGGGAAAGAAGAACAAGGAUCAAUAAGAGGCUAAGGAGGCUGCAAAGACCUCAUUCCCUACAUGGACAAGGUCACAAGGCCAAUACACAUUCAGGAAAUAUGCGACCAACUUCCCCAAGAUCCCGCAUCGUCUACUCAGGAUAUUCUGUGCCCCAAGCCCUACAGAAUAAUGCCCAGUCUAAUUUCAACAGUGGGCACGACAACAUCAAACUUCUCUCUUCAAUAUUGAAGAAGCGGCUUACUCGGAUCAAUGGGCAUGCACUCAGAAAAAUAGGUAAAGAGUACGUGAUAUUCCUAGAGUAAAUAAAGGACAUGGUGUGCUCAUAAGUUAGACAGAAGCAAAAUGUUAUUUAUUAUGCUCCUGUUGUAUCUUUGGACGUUUUCUUCCAGCUACCAAUACCCCAGUAUUGAAUAUUUACUUUCCCAUUGUCGUACAUAAACUGAUGUUAGUAUUUGUGCAUACUCUUUGUCUUAAGUGGGCUUUCUUUUAAAAAACAUGCCUUUAUAUUACCCAAAUAACAUAACAGAUUAUGUA